CGUCACCCUCGUGGCGGCCAUUUUGUCUGCCAUGGGUAAGGUCUGGUUCCUGGGCGCUGGUUCAGAGACUCAGGUGACGAGAUAGAAAAGCUGCCACAGAAGGCGCUCUUCCGGCUGCACAGAGCGGGUCUAAGGCUCGGCGACGCCGCCCGGGGCCCCGCGCCAGGCCCGGGCCAGGGAGCGCCGCGCCCCGCGCCUCGUCUCCCGCCGCUCCCGGCCCCGCUCCGCCCCCGAGGCCGAUGGCGGCGGCCGCGCGGAGGGAGCCGGCUCAGGACAGUAUGACCUUUGAAGACAUUGCCGUGUACUUCUCCUGGGAGGAGUGGAGGCUCCUUGAUGAAGCUCAGAGGCACUUAUACCUCGAUGUGAUGCUGGAGAACUUUGCACUCAUAUCCUCACUAGGUUACUGGAAUGGAGCAGAAGAUGUGGAGUCCCCCUUUGAACACAGCAUUCCUGUACGUGUGCUACAGGCCAGCACUCCCAAGACAUCUUCGACUUCCCAGAAGAUCCACCCCUGUGCCUCUCCUCAGGGCCAGGCUCCCCCUGACCCCAUCUUGCUGUGGCUAAACUCAUAUCCGUCUUGUGAACCACCAAGGGCCCUCCACACCCCCAAGAUGAGCAACUACAUGGUACCUGGAUAAUCAUUAAGGGAAAGACAGGACAGAAGAUCAGCUAGCACUGGCCAAGAACAGCUCAGGACAUGAUAGCCCACAUGAAAGAAGACUAUUACAAAGAGAACUUGGAAGGAAGGUCUUGCAAGAGGAGCCCAUGGUCCCAGUAAGUACUAUGUCAGUGAUGGCAAAUCCUGGCAUGGGGAGGUACUAGGAAAUGUCAACUAGAGGAAGAAAGUAGAACCUGGGGCACACAAGUGCCCUAUUUCUGGACAAAGUGACCUGGCCAGGGAGAGGGUAAGCAAGGUUGGAUUCAUUUGGCUGACUGCAAGAUGUCUGAACCUGAAUCCUUCCCGGCAGGACUGUAGAGAAGCAGGUGUUGGGCCUGCUCAAGGCCAGUGCACACACCUCAGCUGUACCAACCACAGCACCUACGCAGGUAACUGGAGAAGGAAGCAGACACCUUGGUCCUGAUGGGUGGAGGACACAGCUGCUCCUGGGGAAAAGGGGAACAGCAGAGACUAGCUCAGGGCACAGAGGUGGAUGUGCAGGCUUUCUCUGGCCCUGACGCGGGCCCUGGGCGGUGUUGCCGAGCCUCAGACCCGCUCUGAGAAGCGGGGACAGUGCUUCCUCUGGCGCCGCCUCGGUCCCAGCACCUUGGUGUGGAAACAGCACUCAGCCUGGUCGUCUCUGGUCGGGAGAGAAGCCAAAAUGACCGUCCGCAGGACGCUGGGAUCUCUGCCCUCUCAUUUUGCGACGCGCACGGAGAUGCCUCUCUUUUGAGGCUUCAUUGGCUCAACGACACCGUCGCUCGACGCCUAGAUUUCUGGGUAAUGUGGUUCCCACAGAUCCCAGGCUGCUGGUAAGGGCGCUGCCUACUGGACUCCUGGAGAAACGGCUGAGUUCCGCCUGGAGGGGCGCCGGGAAUCGGUGACUUUGGGCCAAGGGUUGUGAAGGCGCUGCUCCAGUUCUUAAAGGGCGUGUAUUCAGGUGUCUUGGGAGUGUCGUGGUAACUGAUCACCCGCUUGUUUGUAGACAGAUAUCAGACACCGUGAAGCUCAGCAUGCUCCCAAGAGUAAAAAUAUUAUUUGAAAUGCUCCCAACGCCCACAAAUCCAAAUGCACAUAUUCCAUACCGUCAUUCAGAUACAAUAUGCGUCCACUGGAAGCGCCUAGUAAAUAUUAUACUGCGGUUCAAAUGCAUGCACGCUGAAAACCUCGAAUCAGUUUUAUCAAUCUGUAUAUAUUCGGUCAAGGAGAGGAGGGAAAAAACUACUCCAGAUAGUGUCAUUACAGGGAAGAUAGAGGAGAGAUUGGGCCACCGUGAAGCCAGGGUACAAACAUGGAUAUUUGUUUGUGGUUCCCACAUGAAACAUCCCUUCUGUCUGUAUAGUCAAUUUGUGUCCAAUUCAAGGAGCAGCAUUUUAAUCCAUUUAGAAAUGUGACAUUGAGAACCGAACUCAGCACGUAAGAAUUCUGUCCAAACUCCUGCACUAAGAGACUUGCCCACACUCUAGGAUGCCUUCUAGCAGCAUAAGCCCUAGUCUCUAGCAUACCUCCAGCCCCCCCUUUGACCUCAGCCUCCGUUAAAAUGCCAGACUGAGAAAGCUCAAGGCUACCAGGAGAAGUUACUAUUUGUUCUAGCUAAACCUGAUGAUUGACCUCUUUUUUCUUUGAGCCUUUACUACGAAGGACUUAAAAUUGUAAAUAUGUAUCUCUUGCACUUCAAAAGUGUCUUUCUCAGGGACUUGAGAGCUGUUCCUUUGAAAUGUAGUCGUCAGGAAGGAUAAGGCCUCUAUCUCCCAGUCUCUGUGGAAGGAUAGAAUCCUAACUUUCACAACUACUGGCCAGCAGACACGGCCACACUAAUCACAUUUACCUUGACAAACCCUUUGUAAUUUUUCAGUUUUGUGACUCUGCUGAACCCCUGUUCUCCCUGCUCCCUCAUUCUUUUGAAAGGCCCAAUCACCUCUGCACAAAUCAGAAUUGAGUUCAACUCUUUGCUCUACUGUCAGUAGUUACUGAAUAAAAUAUGUUUUUAUCUCUUUAA